AUGUUUCUACGAACUAGCAAGAGGCUUAAUGAUUUAAGAGUUUGUGGUAAAAUAGAUACUUUAUUAGUAAAUAUUCUUGAUAAAUGCGUGACAUUGAGAUCUUUAAAAUUUUCGGACAAUGAAUUUAGUCCAAUAGAAGUUAAGGCACUAACAAAAAUACUUUAUAAAAACAAUGGUUUGACAUCUUUGGAUAUUAUAACUAAUCAACUUGGAAAAUUAUUGGCAGAAGCUCUUUAUAAGAACGUUACUAUAAUUUCUUUAGAACUUUUUGGAAAUGAAAUUGACAAUAUUACUUUAGAUACCAUUAAUAAUUUACUUGUAAAAAAUAAAGAAAAUAAUUGA